GUACUUUGUUUGCUACUCCUGCCGCUAGCGUUACGUUACCAGACACUUUCUUCCGAGCAAAGAUGGCGGAAGGCGAGAAGAGCGCCGAGCCGCUGCAGGACAAGAGCGAGCUGCAAAUUUUGAAGGAGCUGGUGGAUGAGCUGUAUGACUUCAGAGAUCGCUACUUUGAGACUCACAGCGUGGAGGAAGCUUGGAGGAAACAGAGUGACACCGCGCAGGAGAUGCAGAAGACCCUGAAGAAGCUGGAGGAGAAAGAAGAUCAAUUCAAACACAAAGCAGAGUUUCUGCUGCAGAAGGGCAGGUGUCUAAAUGUAGCGCCGGACUUCAGUCCCGAGGCGGAGGAGUGCCUUUCCCGGUCGGUGAAGCUGGAGCCCGGCCUGGUCGACGGUUGGAACACGUUGGGGGAGCAGUACUGGAAAAAGGGGGACCUGAUCGGUGCCAAGAACUGCUUCACCGGAGCCCUGCAACAGAGCAAAAACAAGGUGUCUCUGCGCAACCUGUCCAUGGUGCUGAGGCAGUCUCCGGCGGCAGACAACGACGCGCACGUCAAGCAGGUGAUGGAGAGCGUGGCCAUGGCCCGGGAAGCCGUGCAGCUGGACGUCACGGACGGGACGACCUGGUACAUCCUGGGAAACGCCUACGUGUGCCUGUUCUUCACCUGCGGACAGAAGCCCCAACUUUCCCAACAAGCCCUGAGCGCCUACGCGCAAUCCGAGAAAGUAGACAGAGCUGCCUCCUCUUACCCGGAGCUGCAUUUCAACCGGGCCAAGCUGUUCCAGUACGAGGAGAUGUACGGGAGUGCGCUCGCCGGCUACAGCCGAGCCGCCGCGCUCGACCCCGGCUGGGAGGAGCCCCCGGAGAGGGAGAAGCAGCUGCUUUUGUACCUGAAGAACGUCACGGAACUCCUACAGAACAAGGGGAAGGUGAAGGCGCGUCGGUUGAGGAUGAUGCUCUCUGACCUCGGCACGUCGACCCUGGGGCCCUGCGCCUCCCCUCACUUUCGAUCCCCGACGGGCCGCGUGGGCAGCCUGGAGCCUCGCAGCAUCUCCUCCCUCACGCACGGGCACAACGUCGGGCUGGCCGCCGUGGGCAAGGUGGUGUUCAGCCUGGCCUCGGAGGGUCGCAUGGCCUUCACGUUUGGAAUGGUGGACAGCGAGGAGUCGUACAUAGUGGUGAUGGUGUACAACACGGCGGAGAGCUGGGGCGUCCUCAUAGGAGACACCGUCGUCAUUCCCGAACCUCAGCUCAAACGCAACAGCGUCACACACAAAGACGAGUCGUUCGACUUCAGGAGUAUACGAGUGGACUCGCCGCUGCUCCUCCUGGUCAACGGCAAGAAGCCAAAUGCCCAAAGUCAGAUCGCGGCCUCCGUUACCUACAAGCCGCAGAGCGAAUGAGCCCAAGCAGCAGCAGAAAGUGCAGCGAGAGGACCAAUUCGUUUUCCUGGAUUUUGAAAGAGUUUGGCUCAUUAUGGAAGUUUCCCCAAAGUCUGUGCCUGUUUUACGUGUUGUUUUGUAUAUAGAAGUUACCCUGUAACUUGUCUUUAGAUGGACAUUUUGUUUAUAUUUAUAAAUAUUACUUUUUUUAUAUUCUGUUGAAUGUGCUGAUUUUCACCCUGAGCCCAAAUCCCUCUUAUCUUGAACCCAUCGUUUGUUUGGUGUCUUAUGACAGCAGUUUUCAGCCCGUAAUCAAUGCCCCCUAAAAGUAUCAUGUAUACCGGAGUUAUUCCUCCUGUGAAAAGGGACCUUUGACAAGAGAUGUCAUUGUUAGUCACAUAGUUUUUAACAAAGCUGCAUAAAAGACACUCAUUCCUGCAGUCUGCCUUAACCAGUGAGCCGCCUGCUUUGUUUGUUAUGCAGUCAGAAUCCUUUCAUUCCACAAAAAAGUCUAGACCUCCAACGAGUCAUUUUCAUCAGUAACCAACCCGAGCUAUGGGGUAUGAAUUGUUCAGUUAAAUGCAUCGUUGGUUUUUGUUUUACGAUUAUCCCCUUCACCCCAAUCCUCCCUUAAGAUGGUGAUCUCACAUGGAGACACUGGAAUCCUCCGUAUUACAUUCAUUUGACUAGAACAAGGUUAAAAUUUUAAUGAACUGCUUCCGUAAGCCACGUUAAUAGAGAACACUGUAAGGGAAUGCACUUUUUAAAACAGUUGAAGUACUUCUUAACACAAAUGUAAGGCAGAGACUGAAAAUAAACAUUAGCUUCCA